ACUCGAGAUCAGUGAUAAGUUGAAUACGCGCUACAACUAGGUAUAUGUGGCUUUGACUGCGAGUUUCGCGAUUUUGUUUUGAAAAAGCGCAAUAGUGAGCAAAAAACCUCGUCAUCAGCUUGUUUAAACGUUCGCAUACGACGCACCACACGCUCUCGUCGUUUAUAACGGAAAUUUAUGCUAAUUGAGCGCCAUUAGUUUUCGCGAUCUUUCGAAAACGUUGCUACUACACACUUGUCAGUGUGUUGUUCUGUGAUCAUUUUUCCGUUUCUGUGAGUCGAGAAACGUUGGUCGUCAUUUUUCCAACGAAUUUGACUUCGGUACGUUUCGAGGCAAUGUUGAAGAGGUUUGGACAAUUUAAAAAGUAAUCGAUCGCCAAAAUGAAGAUUGACAGGAGUAGACUAAAAAAGUGCACUUCGGAAGUGCCGGCUGACUGCCAAGUGCUGAUAAAUAAACUACGCAAUUGCUCCCACGAUGUGUUGUUGGAAGAGCUCAAACAAAUAGAUGCUUGGACUUUUGGAAAAUGUGAAUUGUUUCAUUGGAUUGAUAUUUUAGAUAUAAGUGAUACUAUCCUGGAAAAAGCAGCUGCCAGUAGUCCAGAUAAUCCAUGGGAACUGGCUUGCGACCUUCCACAAAAUAGAGAGGCUAAAGAUUUGUUAUUAUGGGUUCUCCAUUUCACAACAUUGCUCAUAGAGCAUUCUUUUUCACGCCACUUGUAUAAUAGUAUGGAACACCUUGUUACUCUGUUGUCCAGUUGUGAUAUGCAGGUAGUACUUGGUGUUCUGAAUCUUCUGUACAUGUUUAGUAAAAGGAGUAAUUUUAUUACUCGAUUAAAUAAUGAUAAAAGACAAUGUCUACUCAGCAGAUUAAAUCAUUUGGCAGAGAGUUGGGGAGGCAAAGAGAAUGGUUUUGGCCUAGCAGAUUGCUGCAAAGAACAUCCAGAUAAACGUUUUCCUUAUAGUGCAACAACCUUACAUUUUGAAUUUUAUGCUGAAAACUCUGCUCUACUAGAUACAUCCAGUGGAUCAACUGGAAGUAGUAGCGCAAAAAAGACUGCUCAGACAAAUCUUGUAACAUAUAUACACAUCGAAAAUGUAGAUAAACUUGGUAAAACCCCUGCACAGAUUAUGAAUGACCUGCUUAAACUGUACAAUGUACCACCAGAACGUCAAAUGGCUCUUUUAACGCAUAUUAGGCUAGCUCACAGUUUUUCAGAUUAUCGACGACGCUUACAAUGCGUACAAGCUCGAUUACAAGCUCUAUCUGUGCUUGUAUAUAGCAAUGCAAUUCAAGAAAAUGCUCACAGUCUUCUCCACCCUGGCCUUUUGGAGGAGUUAGUUGAAUUGUUAGAACUUUCACAUCCUAAUCUUGUUGAGAUUCGGGCUGCAGCAUUGCGAACUCUCACAAGCAUAAUUCAUUUGGAUCGUAAUCCUCACCAUCCUAAAAAAUCUGGUACAAGAUUGAACAUGAUCAUUGACGUGACUGGUGCAAGUUCUUAUCAUGGCUUUUUACCAGCUCUUGUACGAACCUGCAUUAGUACAUUAACAUCACCACAGCCAGAUAGUCAACCUUUUCCUUUGCCAUUGGCCACAGCGCUUUUCAGUUUUCUUUAUCACCUUGCAAGUUACGAAGCUGGAGGUGAAGCUCUUGUAAGCUGCGGUAUGAUGGAGAGUCUGUUAAAAGUCAUAAAUUGGCCUGGCAAAGAAUUGGAACACAUUACUUUUGUUACACGAGCUGUGAGAGUAAUAGACUUGAUAACCAACAUAGACAUGCAAGGUUUCCAAACUCACAAUGGACUUGCAAGCUUCAUAAAACGUCUUGACAUGGAGGUCAACGUGUGUCGCAAAGAACAGCCCUUUGAAAUCAUACCAGAAAGUGACUUACCAUUACCAGCUGAAGAUGCCUCAGGUCCUAGCGGAUCAGUUGAAAACCAUCAAGCAUCUGUGUCAGAAUCAAACUCUCAACAAAAUUUCGAUGAACGCGAAGAUUCCUCGUUAAAUACGAUGGAGUUGUCUGAGGAUGAUAAACCUGAAUCAAACAAACAAUUCCCGGUUUUGAGUGAACAAUCACAACAACCGCCUUCUCAACAGAAUUAUGCUCUGUUAAAAAGUGGAAAAACGUGUCUGCCUCAACGAGCUGCUUUACUGAAAUCUAUGUUUAAUUUUUUAAAAAAAGCUAUACAGGAUCUAACAUUUGCAGAUAGCAUAAGACACAUUAUGGAGGGCACAUUGCCAUCAUCACUAAAACAUAUCAUCAGUAAUUGUGAAUAUUAUGGACCAUCAUUGUUUCUGUUGGCAACUGACGUUGUUACUGUGUAUGUGUUCCAAGAACCUUCAUUGUUGUCACAUUUACAAGAUAAUGGUUUAACAGAAGUGGUACUUCACGCACUUCUGAACAAAGAUGUACCAGCUACGCGCGAAGUUUUAGGAUCGUUACCAAACAUAUUUAGCGCACUAUGUUUGAAUCAACGUGGUCUGGCAUCAUUCACCCGACGAAAACCUUUUGAAAAAAUUUUCAAAGUCUUGUUAUCUCCAACUUAUUUGUCGGCCAUGCGGCGUCGUAGAAGUGCUGACCCGCUUGGUGACACAGCAUCUAAUCUCGGCAAUGCUAUGGACGAGUUAAUGCGUCAUCAACCAAGUCUCAAAGAAGAUGCUAUGAAAGCUAUUGUUCAAUUGCUUAAAGACUUAUGUGUUCUUGGUUGUGAUCCUCGUUACAUAUGCUACAGAGCAACUAGUAAAACCGAGAAUGCGGCAACGAGCAGUGGAAACUCUAAUCGUCCAACUGGAGGACAAUCCGUUGGAGUUGGCGUUGGCGAUCCGACAGGAAGCUCGGGAGCUGGCGGUGGUAGCAGUAGCGACGAGGAAGAUGAAGAUGAAGAAGAAGCGAGCACAAGCUCUCAUCCUCAACGGGAAGAGCAACCGUCACCAUCGCCGUCUACUCAAGCUGGACCUGUUGCACCCCAACAACAACCUGUAGAAAAAACACCAAUAGCUUUAGUUGAUUAUAUUCAUAAUGUAAUGAAAUUUGUCGACGCUAUACUGAGUAACAAUUCAACAGAUGAUCAUUGUCGAGAAUUUGUAAAUCAAAAAGGCUUGGUAGCACUUCUGUCAAUUCUCAGUUUACCAAACUUACCUGUAGACUAUCCAGUGGCACAAGCUGCCCAAGCUGUUGCUUCGGUUUGCAAGAGCAUACUCAAUUUAGCUCACGAACCACUAGUACUAAAAACUGGUUUGAGCCAACUUCAUGAGAUUCUUACUAUUUUGAAACCUCUGCACAGUCGCCUUGUAGACUCCGUUGGAGGUUCUAUUCUUCUUAGUGAACUUCUAUCAGCGCCAAACCUUGAAACAGCUUUCACAAGUGACACCCCUUUAUUGCAUGCUAUGAAUGCUGCGCAUGGAUACGUUGUUAUGUUUGUACACGUUUGUCGUACUAGUCAAUCAGAGAUUCGCAAUCUUUCCAUCAAUCACUGGGGUUCGGAUAUGGGACUUAUGGUACUCAAAGGCUUAGCAGAAUUGUACAUGUCAUUAGUGUGGGAAAGUACAAUUUUACUAGCCCUUUGCAGCGAUGAACAUCCGGCCAGUUUUGUUAAGGAAGAAAUGGAAAAACUUUUACCGAAGAAUGAUGGUGAAUCUUCAAACUCAGGAUCAUCAGCUGAUAUGAGUAGUAAUGGCAUGACAACGGCAAUGGAAGCUCUCAGCACAGACCCUCCGCCGAUAUCUAUGGAAAUUGACGAAAGUAGAGCUAGUACCAGUUAUGGAACUGGCAGUGCCGCAUAUUUUAUGGGUCGAAUAGCACCUAACAAUUUACAAAAAUAUAUUAAACCAUUGUUGGGUGCUUCUUCAAGAUUAGGAAGGGCUUUGGCUGAAUUGUUUGGCUUACUCGUCAAAUUAUGCAUGGGUUCACCGGUUAGGCAGCGCCGAGGGCAGCAAAUACCGAUGGGGCCAAUUUUACCAUCUCAGGCAGCGAGAAGUGUCGCAACUGCAUUGAAUUGCUUAUUAAUGCGAGGACUUUCUCACGAUAAAUUACCAGCUUCUCCAGUGCCUAAAUUCAAACUUACUUUCUUGAUAUGUUCCGUGGGAUUUACAUCUCCAAUGUUGUUUGAUGAAAAAAGACAUCCCUACCAUUUGAUGUUACAAAAAUUUGUUAAACUAGGUGGACAGAAUGCCUUUUUCUCAACCUUCCGAUGGGCUUUAUCCGCGGGAAAUCAGUUCCUACUGUCCGAAGGAUUAGAACAUCCUGAUUUACCAGAUGGAACCGGUGAAUUUCUCGAUGUUUGGCUAAUGCUCUUGGAAAAAAUGGUUAAUCCAAAAGCCGUCUUAGAAUCCCCGCAUAUUGUUUCUACCAAAUGUACGGGUAUAUCUUUUGAACCUUUCGACCCUUACAAAUAUCUGAUAGAUAUUCAGAAGAAAGCAUUUGAAGCUGUGAUGUAUAUGUGGGGUAAAAAACCAUUGAAAGGUUAUGGACCGCGCAUGACUGAAUCUAUCUUAUCUAUCUUACGACACAUACUACAUGGAGAAAAGUUAAUCAAAGACAAAACAGAAAAAACAGAAAGUUUAGAAACCACGGUCAAUGGUAGCGGAGCAGCUGCUAAUAGAUCUGGAACAUCAACAGAACGUCGUGAAGAACCUGAACCUGACGUUAAUCCAGAGCACCUGAGACAUCUCAUGGAAAUGGGCUUCAGCAGAGCACACUGCAUUGAAGCUUUGCUUCAUACCUUGAAUCUUGAACAGGCAUCUGAUUAUUUACUCACCAAUCCUGCGACUCAUCGUAGAUCGGAUUUACCUGCGGGAGAUCCCGCGGCUCCAGGAAUUAUAAUGGAUUUGGAAAUCGGUGAUGAAGAUCAAAUGAUGCAAGCCAUUGCAAUGUCUCUCGAUGAUGCCGAUCCAAGAGUAAGCAUCGCUGAAGAAAUAGUUCGUGAUCCUCCUGGCAAUGGUGUAGACGAGUUUACAGACACUGCACUUGAACAAUGUCUCAAUUUAUUGGACAUAAUGCCUGACACAGUGUAUCGUAUUUGUGAUCUGCUUGUUACAAUUACCAAACGCAAUGGAGUCGAGUGGCGUGACAACAUGCUCAAACAAUUGAUUCGAGAAAUUGAAGAAUACACGUUAUAUUUGCGUAGUAUCGCUGUAUCAGGCGAUGAUACUGCUGGUGUAGAAUUGGCUGAAUGCGAUGUAGCUAACAAGGUAGCUGGAAGAAUUUAUUUGUUUACUUUGUUUUUCGAAGGUACAUUCCAAGAAAUGCGUGUGCCAUGUGCGCAAGCAGUUGAGAAGAGUGAUUUAUUAAACAAACUAAUUCAGUUAUUUAUUGUCUCACAAACUCCUCUUACUGAAUUGAAAAAUAAACUAAAUCGUGCAGCUCUUAAAGAUCCUUCAAACAAGGAAACUGUAUCAAUUAAAACACCGAAAUGGCUCGCUCCCUUGUUAUUGUUGGUCGAUCGCUUGGAAAAGAUCGCGGUACUAACCCAGCGCAAACAACUUAUGCAUAAAGUAACUAAUCGCACUUGGAAGUGGUUUGACCUGAGCUCAGGAAAAUGGACUGCUUACUCAUCGACGAACAAUAGAGCUAUAAAUGACGCUUAUUGGGCUGGCGAGCCUACCGUGCGUAUUGCAUGCAGUCGGAGGAAAUAUCUGAUAACGUUUUCAUGCAUGACCCAAGUAAACGAAGAUAGUGAUAAUAGAAGACCAAUAACCAUGGGCUUUAAAACUACUACUACUGCAGAGUCCGCAGAUGAUACGGCCAGUAAUGAAACUUCUACGACUACCACCGCUGCAGAUCCUCCCAUUGAUAGUAACAUGGAUACGGAAGAUUCAGCUUCUUUGGAAGAUAAGCGAUGUUGUGUCAUCAAGGGGAUUGAUCCUGACUUCCGUUCACCCAUUAUACGAACUUGCGUCGGAUUGCUUGCAAUUCCUGUUGAUCGCGAUACUCUUCAUGCAUUAAUGAAAGUUUGCUUGCGCCUCACACGUGAUUAUGCUAGUGCCGAAGAAUUUGCUCGAGCAGGUGGCGUUAAGCUUCUUCUAGAGAUAACCCAAGCUAGCAGUUUUAUCGGCUGUAUUACUUUAAGCACUUUGCUUAUAAGACAUACCCUUGAGGAACCCAGUGUUCUUGCUCAUACAAUGGAAAAAGUCAUUCGUUCACGAACUCAGGCAAACAUUCCACCAGCAUAUAAAGAAAUCUUAUUUAUGACUCGACAAAUAAGCAGUGCCGUAUGCCGUGAUCCGGAGGUCUAUCGUCAAGUUUGCGAAAAAUUACUGAAAGUUGAUUUGAGUGUACUUAAACGCGACGAUAAUGACAAUCGUUUGAUUGUCACAGCUGUAGUGCCUACGUCUUUCCCACCUCCAUUUGCACCUGGUCAAGUUUUCAAUGAUGUUAUUUACGAGCUGCUCAACGCUUUGGUCAAACCUGUUCCAAUCUUUGAAGAAUCAAGUUCUUCCACAACUACUCCACCAUCGGGUAGUCCAGAAAAGAAAUUAAGUACUGUUUCAAGUAACUCAACUAGCACUAACAGACGCGGAGAUGUACUCCGAAACAAUACCGGACAAGCUAGUAACGACCCACUUAAUGACGACGAUGACCAAGUUUCACAAAUUAUCCCGCUUAAGAUGUACACAGACUCGUCGAAUGGUAACAAGAUUGAACCUGAAGAAGGCAAGAAGCCUUUGCUGCCGAAAUCAGCAAUUCUUAAGUUGCUCGCUGAGACCGUGAGGUCAUACGGUGCCAUUGCUAAUUUAAUUACCGAAUAUACUUAUCGCGCUGGUCAAAGCGAAUUGAUACAGGAAGAUACGACGGCUCUAGCCUUCCUGCUGGAUCGUUUGCUUCCUACACCGACUGAAAAUUCUAGCGAUCGUCAAUGCAGCAGCAUGGCUCGAAUGUUGAUUGCAGCAAUCGCCUCCUGCAAUCAUUCCCCUGAUGCCCAGAGUACACUUGUAACCGAAGUGAAAGCUGCCCUCACACGAACUCUUGCAUUGCCAGAGAGCAACGAGAAACACACGCAACUACAGUUACUCAUCGGUCUUAUAUCCACGAUGAUCGAUAGUUGUCCACCAACUCAUACGAAUGCUGUUAGAAACCCAAUAAAGAUUAACGGCUCUUAUGGCAACAUCAACUACAUUGUACGUGUAAUGCUCAAAAAGGGAGUCAUUACUGACUUGGCUAAAAUACCUCACAGUCUCGAUUUAUCGAGUCCAAACAUGGCCGCAACAAUAAACGCUGCGCUUAAACCACUUGAAACUUUAUCAAGAAUUAUCAACCAGCCUGUGCCAGGCGCAAUAAAUAAUAAGUUCCCGAAGCCUAAAACUCGAACUACUCAAGAGGAACCAUUGGGUCAACAGUCCGGAACAACUACGUCUGAUGCAACCAACGCCGUCGGUGAAGAAGUCAAUGAAGAUGCUGAAAACACUGAACAUGACAUUUCGGUCAAUGCUGAAAGUUUAGAGCCUACAUCCGAAAGUCAAGCUCAUGAGAGCGUUGAUGUUGAUGCCGCCGCGUUAGAAGAUAUAAUGGAUCAUUUACUUGAGAGUGUAUUAUAUUCCAGAGACGGGUCGGCAGCGGCGGAAGAGCCCACUUCCCGCCCACACCGACCAAUGGAUAUCGAAGAUGAAAGUCAGGUCGAAAAUGACUUUGACCCUGCCCGCGAUACCACGGUAGGGGAGGAUAUGAUGAGCUCUGAUUCGGAUUCCGACAGCAAUCCAUCUGAUGAUAACGAAGAUGAUGUACAAGACGACGACGACGAAGAGGAGGAAGAAGAAGAAGACGAGGGCGAAGAAAAUGAGGAGGAAGAAGAAGAGGAAGAAUCCUCUAACUACGAGGACGAAGGUGUUGAGUAUUACGAAGACGUUGGAGAAGGAGUCUUCCGUAUGUAUCCUAACGAACGCGAUGGAGGUGGCAACGUCGUUAUGAUACAACAUAAUUUUGAUACUCAAGAUAUGAACCAGGCACCUCCAACUGGCCGACAAAGUUUGCCCUGGAACACCAAUUUCCCCUUCUCUCUCGAUCCUUUCGGCGAAUCACCAUCGGAAGUAAAUGCCCUUAACACGCACCCUUUGCUCUUAGCUCAAGGUAGUUUAGAUGCAGCUAGUACUCGUAACCGUGUGAUGCGCCAACGAAGAUACCAGCUGCAACUGAAUCAUCCCCGUGUUGCUAAUCCCCCUGUAAUACUGCAAAGGUUGUUGGGACCCGCUGCACAAACCCUUCCAUUGGCAGCAUCUCAGCUAUUGGCCACCUCAUUCCGAGAUGCUAGAGUAGUUGUUAUGGACAAUGGCUUAGGUUUGAUGGCUAAUCCCGAUGACGAACAAUUCGACUUGGUAGAUCAAUCGGGAUAUCUAUUUGGACCAAGCCUUGCAGCGACCCUCAAUAAUAUACCAACGGCUUUACACUGGUGGAUCGAAGAAAGCCGACUUUUGGAUGGCGAUUCACAGCCUGAUUGUUGCGUUGGAGUAGUGUAUAAAUUAAUUCCUGGCUUGGAGAAGAAUAGGAAUAUUGAAUUAGCUGAGAGGAAAGAAAAAAGUAAAAAAUUACAAGGAACUGAUAAAGAUACCGAAAAAGACAAAAAAACGUCCGAAAGUAGUUCCAAAUCUAGUAACACUAGUGUAAAUCUUUUACCAUCUACAUCCUCUUCAAGAAAUAUUGAGUCACGAGUAAGGGCAGCCGUUGAAGCAGCUGUUCUACAAGAUCUUCGUCAAGAAUGGAACUCAGAAGAAUUUAGUGGUUACGCCACUGGAGACAUGGAAGUAACUGUGCCCGAAGAAGAGCAACCUCCAGCGCCACAAGACGAGCAGUUCUCAGAUAAUCGCGACAAUUUGGGUGCACUAAGUGCAGCGACUGAAAUCGCUGAAAAUCUUGUAGAUUCAGUAAUAGGUGCUUCGGCUUCAGAAGCUUCACGCAUAAGACAAGCUGAAAGACAACAACCAGACGCAAACCCUCUAGCAGGUGCACGUACAGAUUGGACUGCAGCUCAGAUCAUAGAAUAUACGGCAAGAGCUGCCUUGGGUUCGCAAGAGCCUCCUCCCGUGCCAAUUGAUUGGAUUCGACGACUCCUGUCAGAUGAAAAUUCAGAGGCAGAGAGAAAUGCUAACAAUGUCUCGAACCAAGCCACUGCUGGGUCAAACGUUCCUGCGGUUGAUGAUUCUUCGCCAUUACCUCAUGUACCAAAUACUCAGGCAUCCACAAACCAAGAAGAAAACGUUUCAUCUAUUCCUUCAACUCCCGUUGGAACUCAAGAAAUUACCGUUUCAAGUAAUAAUGCUGCUCCUACCGAUGCUGCCACAUCUUCAAAUGCGUCUGAACAAACGCCUGCUACACAAGAAGCGAGUGGUCAGACGCAAGAACAGCUGCUUGAUGGUGUUGAUCCUUCGUUCUUGGCUGCGUUGCCAGAAGAAAUGCGUGACGAAGUCAUUGCUGAACACUUACGUUUGCAACGAAUUCGACAACGUGCGCAAGCCACUGUUGUUGAAGAGUCAACGGGCCCGGUUGAAGUCAACCCAGAAUUUUUAGCAGCCUUACCUCCAUCUAUUCAAGAAGAAGUACUUGCUCAGCAGAGACUUGAACAGCAAAGACACGCAGCUGCUUCAGCUAAUCCUGAAGAUCCAGUUGAUGCUGCUGCUUUCUUUCAAAAUCUACAACCGUCAUUACGUCAAGCUAUUCUUACGGACAUGGAAGAAUCGCAAAUCUCCGUUCUUCCUCCGGAUUUGGCACAAGAAGCACAAAAUUUGCGAAGAGAAUGGGAGACGCGAAAUCGACACAUGAUGCAAGAGCGAUUCCUUAAUCACGUUAGUCAAGGCAAUGCAACAUUAUCUAGUAUAUUACGUAACACGACUCGAGGAAUACGUCGAGGACCAGCGGCUAGAUAUGCUAUUCAUCAAGCACCUAGGUCUCAUUGGAACGCUUUGAGUGCUAGGAAUGAUAGCGGCAUCAAUUACCAAGGCCCCGCGCCUUUAAGACUAAGAGGACGGCAAUUACUCGACCACGAAUCAAUGGCUUGUCUCCUAGUCUUAUUGUUUAUUGAUGAACCGAAAAUCAAUACCCUAAGACUCCAUCGAGUUAUAAGAAAUCUGUGUUACCAUGGAAAUACUCGUGAAUGGGUCGUGAAAGCUUUAUUGAACAUUAUGGAACGGAGUAAUGAAGAAAAUAAAGAAGGAUUUGGCGAAUUCAGUUCUAAAUUUAAAAAGAAGUCAGCUCAUGGUAGUAAUGAGUACUGUUCACCUAAAUCUUCUGAAGCGCGCAAUAGUUCUCAAUCGUGGUUAAAUAUCAGUAUCGAUGCAGCUUUGGGUUGUCGCGCUAACGUAUUCCACAUAAUGAGGCACAACGGCAAAAAGUCGGAAAGACAAGGUCAUAAUGUCACUAUCCAUCCGCAAGCCGCACCAACAGUCUGCAGACAUACCUUAGAAUUACUCAUCUCUCUAGCGAAAUCUUUCCCAGCCUAUUUUGUACCGCUUAAGUUCGGAGAGGAUAAGGAAAUUACGGGAUUCGCGAUUCGAGAAGAGAGCGGUGCAAAACCCAAAACCACCAAUAAAAAUACUAAAAGCGAUGCUCCUGAUUUCUGGGAUAUGUUAUUGCGACUUGAUUCGUGUGCUUCAAAGAAAGGAAAAUCGGUUGCUCGUACGCAUUCGAGUUCAAAUUUGGGUAUGGAAUCUGAACAAACCGUUUCUUCUUUUGAAGUAUCGGCAUUUGGUCAAUUGAUCUCGAUGCUGCACUGGUCCGUCAUAAAACGCAGCAGCCAGUUAACUGAUAAACUACUGAGGUUACUUUCGUUAAUUUCGGUUGGUUUGACAGAAAUUAAUCCAUCGUCCCGUCGUCAAGAAGGUCAAGCUCCCAAAAAGAAAUCCUUUGAAAUUAAGGAUUCAAGCAUUGCUGCGCCAGAAACCCACAUUAGACUUGCGGUUCAAGUACUGACAAGCAAAAGUUGCUCAGAAGAAGGAUUGGAAGAUGCUACAGCUCUGCUACUUAAUCUUUCACAUUGUCCAGAUCCUACACGGCAAUUGAUUUUAAAAUUACUUUUGGAAGGAGCCAUGGAAUUGGCCAACAUGGUUUGUGAACACAUUAAUGAUUUAAUGUUGGAACUUAAAGUACUAAAUAAAGAAAUUCAUAGAAGAAACUCACUACCGGAAGAUCAACCAUCAACCAGUGCAACUGGAUCGGGGCGAGGUGUUCUCAUUGAUAGAUUUACCAACGACAAUGUAGUGAUCACAGCGCCUACAAAAUUGAAGGCAGGAAGUGAUCUUCAGCUACCGUCCAUGGCUGCUUUAGUAAGCAAAACAUCUAGUCAAGCCUUCUUCCUACGUAUUCUCAAAGUAAUUGUACAAAUACGAGAAGCUGUGCGUCACGCUAACAAUAAAAAACUUGCGGACGAAGCAGCCGCUGCUGCCGCAGUACAAGCAGCGAAUUUACCACUACCAGUGUCUGAUAAUGCUAUGGAAACAGCACCAGCUAAUAACGUUAGUUCAUCAGCUGCGCCUGAGGCAAGUGAGACAGUUGGUGAAGCUGAAACACUUGCAAUGGAUACAACUCAAGUAGCAGUUCCAGCUAAUGCACCUAUAGAAACCCAACAAGUUAUUGCAGAUAAAUCCUCAACUACUGCUACGAAAAGUUCAAGCUCACAAGAUGAUAACGAAACGGCGGCUGAAUACAGUCUUCCAUUACUAAGUGAAAGUUUAGUCCUUGACAAUUUGUGGGAAACAUUGAGCUCUUGUUUAUUAGAACUUGAGCAUACACCUGAUCACCACGCGGUGCUCGUACUUCAACCAGCUGUUGAGGCAUUCUUCCUUGUGCACUCAUCAUCGAGCACUUCACGAGAACGUAGCAAUGAUAAUGCAACAGACAAUCUCGAGCAUGUUGCCGAAAUAGCACCGGUUUCACCCAUUUUUGCCGAAAACGAAAUAGCUGCGACUGCUGCAGCAGCCCAAUCGGGCGCAGGUGAAGGUAUCGCUGUAGCUCAACAAGAUGCACCAGCUUCAUCAACUCCUGCGGCUAAUGUCGUUCCUUCAGUCUCGAAUGCGAAACCAAUAUCUCACCCUUGGGGUACCAAUCCUGAACCAACGCAAAAAGUUUUACCACCUGAUCAACUCAAAUUCCUUAAAUUUGCCGAAACACACAGAACAGUACUCAAUCAAAUACUGCGCCAAACUACGACACCUCUGGCAGACGGACCAUUUUCCGUAUUGGUCGAUCACACGCGUGUGCUAGAUUUUGAUGUGAAGCGCAGGUAUUUCAGAUGCGAACUUGAAAGAAUGGAUGAAGGUAUUCGUCGGGAAGAAUUGGCAGUUCACGUUCGCCGAAAUCAUGUUUUUGAAGAUUCGUUCCGAGAACUACAUCGCAGAAACGCUGACGAAUGGAAAAAUCGUUUCUACAUAGUUUUCGAAGGCGAAGAAGGGCAAGAUGCAGGUGGCUUACUUCGUGAGUGGUACGUUAUUAUAUCAAGGGAAAUAUUCAACCCUAUGUAUGCUCUCUUCACUGUGAGUCCGGGCGAUCGAGUUACAUACAUGAUCAAUUCUUCAUCUCAUUGCAACCCGAAUCAUUUGUGCUAUUAUAAAUUCGUUGGUCGAGUCAUCGCUAAGGCCAUUUAUGACAAUAAGCUACUGGAGUGUUACUUUACGCGCAGUUUCUAUAAACACAUCCUUGGUAUUCUUGUGAAGCACACCGACAUGGAAAGCGAAGAUUACAGUUUUUACAAAGGUCUCGUUUAUUUGACUGAAAAUAACAUCUCAGACCUUGGAUACGAACUAACUUUUUCUGCCGAGGUUAAUGAAUUUGGUGUUAAUGAUGUAAGAGAUUUAAUACCAAACGGCCGAAACAUAGUCGUGACAGAAGAAACUAAACUCGAGUACAUAAGAUUAGUCUGUCAAAUGAAAAUGACCGGAGCCAUACGUAAACAAUUAACUGCCUUCUUGGAAGGAUUUUAUGACAUCAUUCCGAAGCGACUUAUUUCUAUCUUUAACGAACAAGAACUAGAGUUGUUAAUCAGCGGGUUACCCAAUGUUGAUAUCGAAGACUUAAAGGCAAACACCGAAUAUCACAAAUACAGUCCAACAUCACUGCAGAUUCAAUGGUUUUGGCGUGCGUUGCGAGGCUUCGAUCAAGCAGACCGAGCCAAAUUCCUGCAAUUUGUUACUGGUACUUCUAAAGUUCCAUUGCAAGGCUUUGGAGCCCUUGAGGGUAUGAACGGUGUACAAAAGUUCCAAAUUCACCGAGACGACCGAAAUACCGAUCGACUGCCAUCGGCGCAUACAUGUUUUAAUCAGCUGGAUCUACCAGUUUAUGAGACUUAUGACAAGUUGAGAAGUCAUCUCCUGAAAGCAAUACAUGAAUGCAGUGAAGGAUUCGGAUUUGCGUAAAUGUUUGCCAAAGGACAAAAUUAUAAUAACUCGCAAUAUCGCAAAUUUGUUUUCUGUAAUGUGUUGCCUCUGCCUAUUCAACAAAGUGAAAUUAUAUAUCUCAUCUAAGAACAAUAAUUGUGCUUUAUCCUCAAUUUAAUAAUUGAGAGGAAAAGAAACUUGAAGUGGAAUCAAGAUACAUGCAUAAAUAUUAAUGAACGUGUGUAUAUACAUAUACUUCGGUGUACAUAUAUAUGUAUAUAUACAUAUGUAUGCAUAUAUACAGCAAUGGUGUAAUUAUUGAAACUAACAUGAAAAAAGCACUAAUGGGUUUAGAGUUUAUUUUGUUGAUAAAAACUCUGGAAAAAAAUAACGGAAUGUGUGUGAAAAUUAAAAAAGCGAGAAUCAUUGUAAAGAGUGAUAAUGGAGAAAGUGAUAUAGAGGAACUUAACGAUAAUUCCCUGCAAAACAGAACAGGAGAACUAAACUAAGGCUAAUUCAAUAUUAAGAUUAUGUUAAGAUUUCUAUUUAAAAAACAUCAUGGAGCUAAAUAUUCUUCACAUAUUAUCAUAAGUGAUCAUUGUUAAAAAAUGCAACACAGUCUUGUGGUGAUAUAUUUAAACAAUUUAAACAACAGAUAUUUGAUAGUUUGUGCAUAGUUUGCAAUGUAUGAAUGAAAGAAGAUUGCAUUGAAAUUAUUUACCUGCAGAUGAGAAAUUUACAUAAAGUGCCACGGGUGUAAAAAAUGUAAAUUUCAAUUACAAAUCAUCAUCUAAUUAUUACAACUUUAGUAAACAUGCCUAAUUUAUCUGAAUGAAAAAAGUUCAUGUUUGCCAAGGAAAUUGAACUCUUGAUAUAAUCCAUUUCAACUGUUUUACAUGAAAGUUAUGAAUGAUUGUACACUAUUAGUAUUAAUAACUCUAAUUUUUAUUAACUAUUAUUGAUAGAUUAUAUAAUAAUUCUUAACUGAUAUAUCAUUUAUCUAUUGAUAAUUCGAAAUGUGAUGUUGAAAGAAAGCAAGUGUAAUUUGUUUUUGAAAUCUAAGUGAAUAAAGUUUACAGUUGAAUCGAAGAUGUAUCUUGCUAACAAUCCAAGUAACAAAGCUUUUAUUGCUGAUCUCUUUAUCAAGAGGUAUUUGAUUAAUGAGCAUUGUUUGACGACGUAUGUGGCUCCAUUCGACAUUGUUAGGGAAUUAUUGAUUAAGAAUCGCUCAAAUAAAUUAAAUGUUGUAUUUCUUAUAAAAAAAAUUAUUCAGGUAUGUUGUUUUCAUUGUAUAAAAACCAUUUUCAUUACUGUUCGAUCUUAAAUCCUUUGAUUUUAAUUAUUUUCCAUUGUUGAAUUCAUUCCUUCAAUGUAUGCCGAAUUAACAGGUUUUUUCAUAUUAGUGUUCAUUUUUGCUCUGUUUCCGUUUAUUCUCUGAAUAAUGUACUUUUUUUUAUUGUAAAUCAAAUUUGUGGUCACCACAAAUGAACGAAUCAAGCCACUGCUUGAUCCAUCGCUGUUCUAAGUUAUACAAGCAUGGAUAUAAGUUCAACGCGCUGCUAUAUAGAAAACAUUACCUUGGCAACGAAGUGCCGCAUUGUAUUAUAUUUGUGACAUGCAGGUGAUUGUAAAUUGAUAAUAUAACUACCAACACCCAUCGUGAUAGAACAAUAUUGCUUCCAGAUGCAACUUUUACAAUUUUGAGUAUGUAAUAAAAGAAUACGAAUACAUUUUUCAAUAAAUUUAUUUUAAUUAUCGAGUCUAAA